AUGACUUCCAACAUUAUCCGCACAUCAUCUUCCUAUCCUCUGGGCAGCAAGGUUCCUGGAGUAACAAACAUCGUCUCUUCCAUUGACGUUGGUGGCAGACCUGGGGCAGAUGUCAAAGCUGCCUCCAUGUGCUUUUCUGCAGCUAUGGCUCACAACAACCGAGUCCGGGUUGGAACCACCUCUCUGGGCCGACCCAGCCUCUGUCUGCCAAACAGCUGCCAGUCAGCCUGUCCCUUACCCGGAACCUUAAACAUCCCUGCCAACAUUGGGAACUGCGGAAAUUAUGGCGAAGGCUUCUUGAAUGGUCACGAGAAGGAGACCAUGCAGUUUCUGAAUGACCGCCUGGCCAACUACCUGGAGAAGGUGCGUCAAUUGGAGCAAGAGAAUGCAGAGCUGGAGACCAAGAUUCAAGAAUGGAGCAAAUGCCAUGAAUCCUUUGUGUGCCCAGAUUACCAGUCCUACUUCAGGACAAUCGAGGAACUACAACAAAAGAUUCUUUGUACCAAGGCUGAGAAUACCCGACUGGUUAUACAAGUGGACAAUGCCAAACUGGCUGCUGAUGACUUUAGAAUCAAGCAUGAAAGUGAACUGUCCCUGCGCAAGCUGGUGGAAGCUGACAUGUGUGGGAUGAACAAGCUCAUGGAUGGGUUAACCCUGGCCAAAUGUGACCUGGAAGCCCAGGUUGAGUCCCUGAAGGAAGAGCAAUUUUCUCUCAAGAGCAACCAUGAGCAGGAGGUCCACAACCUACAGUGCCAGUUGGGAGACAAGCUCCACAUUGAGCUUGACUCAGCCCCACCUGUGGACCUUAACCGAGUGCUGGGUGAGAUGAGGUGCCAGUAUGAGGCCAUGGUGGAGACCAACCGAAACGAUGUGGAGCAGUGGUUCCUCGCUCAGAGUGAGGGUAUCAGCCUGCAGGAGAUGUCCUGUUCAGAGGAGCUACAGUGCUGCCAAUCUGAGCUCUUGGAACUAAGAUGUUCGGUGAAUGCUCUGGAAAUUGAACGCCAGGCUCAGCACAAAAUGAAAGACUGUUUGGAAAACUCCUUGUGUGAAUCUGAGGCUCGCUACAGCACUGAGCUGGCCCAGAUGCAGUAUCUGAUCAGUAAUGUGGAGGAGCAGCUGGCUGAGAUCCGAGCUGACCUCGAGAGGCAGAACCACGAGUACCAGGUGCUUCUGGAUGUCAAAGCCCGGCUGGAGUGUGAGAUCUCCACCUACCGAAAUCUGUUGGAGAGCGAGGACUGCAAACUCCCUUGCAAUCCAUGUGCAACGCCUGCAAACUGUCCUCCCCCACCUUGUGCUCCUCGGCCCAGCGGUGCUCCCAGAACAACCUGCAUCCCUUCUCGCUCAGCCUGUGGCACCAACUUGUCUAAUCGAUUCUGA